AAAACAUUCAAGUGACAGAAAAGAAAAAAAUAUAAAUGAAUAACAUAAAUUUCGCUGUAAAGCUAAUUGAUUCCACUUGUACGACAUGUCUCGCCUAUCAAAGCCUCUAACUGGCCGUUAAAACGGUUCGGGCGCUAUAAAAUUGAUUUUGCAAUGAUAGGCGACUUCAAAACAUAUUCGAAUAAAUUCAUUCAGAGCAACCGUCCCAAAGAGUGAGUGACGGCCUUUCAGUAAAGAAUAAUUAUGUGGCGUUUUAUUGUACCUAUCGCAUUUCUCCAUUGCGGAUUAAGUUACAGCAUUGAGGAUUUGUCGCAGCUGAUCUGCAAAAAUGCAAAGAGUGGGGAUACUGCACCGAAUCCACGUGAUUGCAAUUCAUAUUUCGUAUGUGGCACAGUCCCGUUGAUAAGCUUUUGCGAUGCAGGGCUACAUUUUGACGCUAAAAAAAAAGUGUGCAAUUGGCCAGAUAUGGCAAAAUGUCAAAUAAAUGAGACUGAUGCUGUGCAAGCUCAUCACACUCCGGCUCAUCCUGAAGUAGCCGCUGAAAUAGAAAUGUUCAACAGUGCACCUAGGCCGAUACGUGAACUUACGCCAAAAGAAGAAAAGCAGAUCCCAUUUGAACCAUUGCCCAACCGAUUCCAUCUGUAUUUCAGCGCUUUAGAUGUUAAUACUCACAAACCCAUUGACCCCAUGUCGAACUACGAUCCGAAAAACGUGGCAUGCCAUCAUUACGGAGCUUAUUUUAUACCGCAUCCCAUCGAUUGUAGUGCCUACUAUAUUUGUGCUUUCGGGCACAUGUUGCCACACAAGUGUGGGCGCGGAACCGGUUGGAACUAUAAACGUCAAGCCUGUGAGAUUCGCCCCUUGGCCGAAUGUUAUAUAGGCACUACUCUUCCAAUGAGCAAUUCACAAAUGACAACAGCGUCUGAAGAGGCCACAAAUUUCUCAGACGGACAAUUGAAUGAUAUGCCUCCAAAGAACGGGUUUUACACCGUAUGCUAUUCCUUGGCCAAUGGCGUUGCGGGCCCCAUUACAUGGUUGCCUCAGUCAACAAUAGAUGCCAGCUGGUCUCAAAUUGCGAGUACAAGACAUCCCUCAAGCUCCGCAUACACGGAUAAUCAGCUCAUACACACUCCGCCCACCAUAGCUGUAAAUUCGUUCACCGGGCGUACAAACGACCUUGGGCUUGAUGUGCUCAGUUGCCCUAAAGAGAGCCAAGCGUACUUGCGCCACUCCACCGACUGCAGUAAAUACUAUAUCUGCAUAAUAGGUAUGCCAGUGCUGACUUCCUGUCCAGAAGGAAUGUAUUGGGAUCAGAAGGCGGAGGUUUGUGAUUCACCCACAAAAGUAGACUGCCAACAGCAGGUCUGUUUAUUUAUGAUGACUGGUAUGGCGAAACUCUUGCUCUCUUUAUUCGGUCUGCUGAUCGUUCAGCAUGGAUCAGUUGAUGCCGUUUACACAAUGAACGAAACGUGUCUUUACUACGCUGGAGGAUACAUUGCCAACCCUGACAACUGCCAAGCUUGGGGCUACUGCUCUGGCGGGAAUUUGACGCACCAAGGACUGUGUCCAGAUGGCUACCUCUACGAUUCAUCCAAGGCUAUAUGUAAUUAUGCCUCUCAAGUUACCUGCAGUACCUCUGCAAAAGACAUAUGCGCAAAUUUGGACGAGCCGGGCUAUGUUGCUGACCCCAAUAACUGUAAUAGAUACUGCUAUUGCUCUAACAAACAGAUAGUGUCAUGUUCUUCAUGCCCGACAAAUCAGUUGUAUGAACCUUCACUGGUGGAAUGCAACUAUGACUACACUUGUCCCACUGAUUCCGUUUGUCGUCUAGUGAAAAAUAACGUGUUUGUUGGCGCAAGUACUUGUGGCGAAUUCAUUCGAUGUGUGGAUGGCACAGGAACUGCUCAAAAAUGCUCCAAUAACACCUACUAUAAUAACUUAACCGGAAUGUGUCAAAAGAGUAAUCCAUGCACAACCACUAACAACUCCUCGUCUGUUGCAUAUGCACCUGACACAUCCGCAUGCUCAGCAUAUAACGCAGCUAAAGGGGGCGUACAGUACGUAGAGGAUGGAUAUACUUGCUACGGUUACUACUCGUGUUCAAGCGCCAGCGGAUCGGGUCAAUGGAGAAGCUGUGAUUUUGCAACACAUUUCAAUCCCACUCUCCAAAAAUGCGUCAGCCCUAUAAGUUACGCUUGCAAACUCAAUCGUUGUGGAAAUAUUAAUAUACAAUUCGCAACUGUGCCUUUUACGAACUGCACACAAUAUCAUACGUGUUCUGGUAACCAGGCAAGCACGGCUAACUACACCUGCACGAACGAAAAUUACCCGUAUAUCGAUGAGGUCAAUGGAGGCUGCGUUGACACCAAACCAAAUUAUGCUAUUUUUACACUUUGCCUCUUGGUUUUUUCCACCAUCACGUCAGCAUACGCUGGUCAAAACAAAACAAGCGUUGAGGAGAUAUGCAGAUUAAUAACCCCCAGCACCACUAUUCUACAACCCGAUACGUGCAACACGUGGGUUCAGUGCCCAUCUUCAUAUAAUGAUGAAGAUUUGGAAGAAGGUUCGUGUGUAUUUGGGUUAUAUUUCAAUAAGGAUGCCGGCCGUUGUGAGAGUAAGGAAACUGUCACCUGCCCCUACGAAUCUACCUCAAACGACAAUCGUUGUGCAUUCCAAACUGAUGGUACCUUCCUGGCUGAUCCGAAUGACUGUAGUGGCUACAUUUUCUGCAACAACCAGACAGAAACACGCUCAACUUGCCCCGACAGCUUGAUAUAUAACCCAGAAAAGGGGGCGUGCGUUUAUUCAAAAGAUUACAAUUGCCAAUUGAAGCCAGCAGCCGUCAACGUCAGCACCAUCUGCAAGUCCGUGGCAAAAAAUACUGUGCUUGCGGACAUCAGCGAUUGUACAAAAUAUCUUAGUUGUGACGAAGAGAGCCAACUCAUAUCGUUCCAGUGCUCUGAAGGGCAAGCAUUCAACUACUCUACUUUAGAAUGUGUAGCUCGAAGCGAAGCAGUGUGUCAUCCUCUGGCACCAGAACUUGAACCAGAAAUUGAUGUUUGCGGUACCGAGGAUAAUGUCCUAGUCGGCUAUAUUGCUGACGAGGAAUCGUGUAGUGGAUAUUAUAUAUGCGCCAAGCAAAGUGAUGGUAAACCCGAUCGCAGUCCCACGUAUCUAAAAUGUCAGGACGGCUACUUCUUUGACAGCAGCACUUGGUCAUGUCGCAACCGCCUAAACGUCAAGUGUUCUUUAGACCGUUGCGAAGGCAUGGCCAACAAAUACGCCAAUGUGGCCGGUGAUUGCUCCGCUUAUGCACGCUGCAAGAAUGGAGUAACAGUUGCCACUGGCAUAUGCGAAGUAACCAUUUUUGUAGUUUUGGUCACAACUGCCAUUGUUGCAGUAAAAGCGGAAAGUAAACCAUUGUCGGUUGAGGAAAUUUGUAGCCAAAUGCCAGCCGGCACCUUUAUUCUGCCCCCGAAUUCAUGUACCCAUUGGGUCCAGUGUCCCUCAUCAGCGAACGCCCAAGACUACGAAGACGGCUUCUGCGCUUACGGCCUAUACUUCAAUAAAGACAAAAAUCGGUGUGAAACCAUGGAAGACGUUGUUUGUCCCUUCGAAAACACUCAAACCGACUCUGAAAACCGUUGCGCCUCAAAGAAAGAUGGUAUUUUCUUGUCAGAUCCAGAAAAUUGUAAUGGAUAUGUGUUCUGCAUGGAUGGAAAAGAAAUCCGUUCCACUUGCCCGAAAGAUUUGGUAUUCCAUCCUUCGAAAUCCGCUUGUGUUUAUCCGAAAGAAUACCAAUGUCCUAAGAAAACUCAAAAUGUAACUGCAAAUCCGAUUUGCAAUUCUGUAGCUAAUGGUACGAUUUUUGCGGACAUAAAAGAUUGCACGAAAUACCAUCAAUGUGUCGCGGGUGGCAAACUGACAUCUUUAGAGUGUCCCGAAAGCCAAGCAUUCAACUACUCUACUUUAGAAUGUGUAGCUCGAAGCGAAGCAGUGUGUCAUCCUCUAGCACCAGAACUUGAGCCAGAAAUUGAUAUUUGCGGUACCGAGGAGAAUGUCCUAGUCGGCUAUAUUGCUGACGAGGAAUCGUGUAGUGGAUAUUAUAUAUGCGCCAAACAAAGUGAUGGUAAACCCGAUCGCAGUCCCACAUAUCUAAAAUGUCAGGACGGCUACUUCUUUGACAGUGGCACUUGGUCAUGUCGCGACCGCCUAAAUGUCAAGUGUUCUUUAGACCGUUGCGAAGGCAUGGCCAACAAAUACGUCAAUGUGGCCGGUGAUUGUACUGCUUAUGCACGCUGCAAGAAUGGAGCAACAGUUGCCACUGGCAAAUGCGAAACCCGUACCUUCUGCGUUUUAGCACUGGUAGUGCUUUGUGUCAAUGCUGUAGCUGCCGUCAAUAUGAACAACAUUUGUCUGCUGUUGAAGGAAAACGCGCUUGUGGCAAGUGGCGACUCUUGCUCAUCGUAUUACCAGUGCUCCAACGGCGUUGCUACUCAGAAAAACUGCUCGACCGGCCUUUAUUUCGAUAAGAAUUCACAAGGGUGCGUUAGUCAGACUCCAAGCUAUUGCACCACAGAUGUUGCAGAUCCAUGCAAUAGAUAUUCCGUUGGCUCUUUCGCUGCGGUAGCUGAAAGCUGUGCCGGCUAUUACUACUGCUCGCCUUCAGGAGCAGAACGCAGCAACUGCCCCGACGAUCUUAUUUUCAACCCAAACAAACAAUCGUGCGUCUAUAAAAGCACCUAUGACUGUGUGGAUGGAACCAACAACGGUAGUACUACCGGUGCCAUCAAUUUGUGUUCGUAUGUGCAGAACGGCAUCUACUUCGGCAAUGCAUGGGCAUGUGCGGGCUGGCAAAAGUGCACUAGCAAUACCGAAUACACUACCGGGUCCUGUACCAAUGACUUGGUAUUCGAUCCGGCCAACGCGAUAUGUAAUUAUCAAUCAGCCGUUUCAUGCUCACAGGUAACUAAAGAUCCCAGUUUAGAUGUCACAUCGGCUAGUAAUGGUGGUGCAUGUACAGACACGGGAGCAAAGGAAAAUGCCACGGCUUGCAAUCAGUAUUACUUAUGCAAUGGCAAGAACUGGAUACUAACCACAUGCGAUCAUCACUUGUUCUACGACGUUACGAGGAAGGAGUGUGUGAAUCGCAUGAAUGCUUACAACGACUGUGAUCGUUGCGUUGGUACCACUACUAACACCUUUGUAAACGCAUUUGCAACCAAUUGUACUGGCUACUUGUACUGCACUGAUGGCGCAGAAUCUAGUUCUGGCAUAUGUGUCAAUAAUAUGUUCUUCGAUGAGGCAGAGGGCUUGUGUGUAUAUAAAAAUCCAGGGUAUGUCUUCUGCGCAGAUUCGUCUUCAACGACUACAACCACAACAGCUUCAACAACCACAACAGAUGCAUCCACAAACUCAACUACUGCAGCAACUACAGAUGAAGCCACAACCACCACAACUAGUGCAACUACUACAAAUUCUACAACAGAUGAAGCCACAACCACCACAACUAGUGCAACUACUACAACACUCGCUGAAUGACAAUUUUAAGGUCCGUCAAUGAAAAGUUCGACCAGAGUUUCGAAAAAUUAGAAAUAUAUAUACAAUAAUUGUAUAUAUAAACAUAUAUAUAUACAUAUAUAUACAUAUAUUAUAUUCAACUUUAAAGACAAUUUAAAUAAUUUUCAUCAAUCAAAGUAAAUAAACU